AUGAGCGAUGCACCGACGCCUCCGCUACCCCCCGCAAGCCGGCGGACCAGCGCGAGCCCCGUGAGUUCCGCGGCUGCGCAAUGGUCUCAUGUGGGCCAUCACCGCACUAGUAUCUCUCCGGAGGCGACCUUCGAUGAACAGGACGCGCAGAUCAAGCAGGAGCUGCUGGCGCUCAUCACUCAGUACCUGCAGCAGGAAGGCUUUGCCAUGUCUAGCGCUACGAUCCAGGACGAGGCCAAUGUCAAGUCCCACGGCAGACUACAGGAGCGGGACGCAUUGCGUCGUCUAGGAUCCGCUAUUAUGGACGGGGACUGGGACCUCGUAGCCAAACUUCUGGGCAAGCACCUUAAGAAGUUUCACGCCGCCCACCAGGGCUUCCUCUACGCUGUAUGCAAGCAGGAAUACUUAGAGCUCAUCGACCGACAAGAGUAUCAGAAGGCUUUCACCUUCCUCACCACGCACCUCAAGCCGCUGGAGAAGGUGGCGGUGGCCACGAGCUCCAGUCGCCACGAGUUCAAAGAGCUCUGUUACUUGCUCACAUGCAAAGCUGUGGGAGAGUCAGACGCCUUCCGUGACUGGGAGGGGGUCGUUAGGUCAAGAGAGAAGCUUGUGGAGCAGUUGAGAGCUACCUUCGCUCUGGAAGAAGUCAUCUCUCCCCAACAGGACGGAGAUGCGGCCAUGACGACUCCACCGGUGGCCAUGCCAGACAACAGGCUAGUGCAGUUACUGCACCAAAGUGUGGCGUAUCAGAUGGAGUUCAGUCGAUAUCAUCCCAAAACUAUCCCCAAGGUAUCGACGUUACUUCGAGACUUCGAAUGUGAGGUGCUGCCGAACGCAGUCAAAAGCACUUACGUUGGUCACUCGCAGAAUGUAAAAUUUGUCACGUUCGUGGGAACGGACGGUGAGUUAUUGGCGUCUGGAUCCAGCGAUGCCACGAUUAAGCUCUGGCCGACUGAACUGCCCGAUACGCAUCAGGAGAGCGGCGAAGAGCAAGUGGACGAGACCACUGGCACUGUUUGUCGUCAAUGGACGCGAGAUCUGCUUGGCCAUUCGUCCAGAAUCUGGUAUCUUACUGCGAGUGCGUCGGGGGAGCGUCUCUAUUCCGGAUCGGGUGACGGGACCGUGAAGGUUUGGGAUCUUCGUGCAGCUUUAGAAGAGCGUGCUGUCGCUCAGCAGGCUCUGGAUGAUGGCGACGACCUGUUAAACGGUCAGCGUGGAUCUAACGUCAUGCAGUCUGCUGCAGCGGAUGUUUCCUGUGGUGCCACCUCCGCGAUUGCUGCUACAACAUUGCCUCACAAUUACUCGGUGACGUCAUCGGAGUGUCUAGCCACACUCAUGAGUCCAAACGGUGGCGAUGUGUACACAGUGAACUUGCAUCCCAGUGAGACGCAUUUGGUGACUGGAGGCUACGACCAGAGUGUGCGCUUGUGGGAUAUUGCUACUGGCGCAGUGGUCAAGACUUUCCGCAAUCACUUUGCGUCCGUGUGCGAUGUCCAGUUUAACAGACAUGCCAACUUCAUUGUGAGCGGCUCAAAAGAUGGCACCAUUCGAUUGUGGGAUAUCCUUAGUGGACUGUGUGUCCACACAUUACGUCAGACACUUGGAGAAGUCACGUCCAUCUCGAUGGCUUCAAAUGGCUACACACUGCUAAGUGGCUCACGUAACAACAGUAAUCGUCUCUGGGACUUGCGAAUGCUUCACACUCCACGUGCUCACCUGUCAACUGGACUGAGUAGUGGUGCAUCGACUGGAUCAAGUGGGUCUCUCAGUAGUUUCUCGAUCGGAGGCAACGGAGGCGUCGUGAAUGGCUACGGAUCGGGCUACGUUUCCGCCAAUGGAGUUGGAAUUUCAGGAGGCGCUGGUUAUGGUAGCAGUGGCAACCUAAGCGCAAGUGGAAGUAUUAGUGGUGGAAGCACCGGCUUCUCAGGUAUACACCAUGCAGAGCAACGCCCCCUCCAGCGCUUCAAGGGACAUCAAAACACAGCGAAAAACAUCGUGCGAGCAUCCUUCGGUCCACGCGAGAGUUUUGUCCUGGGUGGAUCGGAGGAUGGCUACGUGUACGUGUGGGAAGUGGCUACGGGCAAGUUGCUGGAACGCCUUUCUGGUCACCGUGGUGUUACGUAUAAUGCGCGAUGGCACGAAAAGCAGGCGUUGCUUGCUUCAAGCUCCCAUGACGGCACCGUUAAGACGUGGUGGUGGCAAGACAAAGCCAACUAA